AUGCUGGCCACUCGCUCCAUGUUGAAGACCGUUGCUCAAAACCCUGCUAUUCGCAAUGCUAUGUUCAAGAAUGCCGCCGUGGCACCCGUGGGUGUGAGACACUUUAACGCGUCUCGCCCCUCCAUGGAGCAAUCGCCCGACGCCGAAUCCGAGCUUUUGCGCCAACAGCGCAAAUUGCGUCCCGUUUCGCCUCACACUACCAUUUACCAACCCCAGAUCACUUGGUACUUGUCUGGUAUUCACAGAUUCACUGGUGUUGGCAUGGGUCUGGGCUUCUACGCUGGUGCCCUCGCUUACUUGGGCGCCCCCGCUGUCGGCUACCAAUUUGAUACUGCUGCCAUUAUCUCUGCCUGUGGCGCUGCUCCCCUUGCUGUCAAGCUUGCCGCAAAGACCAUCUGUGCCACCCCGUUCGUUUUCCACUGCUUGAACGGUGUUAGACAUUUGGUCUGGGAUGUCACCAAGUUCAUCGAUAUUAAGGAUGUAUACAGAACUGGCUAUGCUGUUAUGGGUGGUACUCUUGCUGGCACCUUGUACCUUCUUUCUUUGUAA